GUUUGUGCGUCAGUAUCCGUUUGCCCAGCAUGCCCUGUGGUCCCUGCUGAGUGGUCGGACCCUGGUCGUCCUGGGGUCUGAGGAGGGCAGGGUCAGGAGGCUGGUGUCCGCUCUAGCCCUCUACGUGCCUGGACCCGGGCGCUGUGGCGAGAGGAUCCAGCCCUGGCUCUCCUGCCCCUUCAGCCUCACUGACCUACAGCGAUGGAAACUCGUAGGACUGCAGAGGAUGGCGUCUCCCGUGGGGACCAGCAUGCUUUGCUCUCUGUCUCGCUACAGCCGUUACAUCUCCGUCCUGGACGCUGACCAGAAGACCCUCCGUUGUCCCGGCUACAGCGGAACCCUCCUGGCCAACGUGACGGACCACCGCACCCACCUCCGCCGAGGCUCCACCUACUUCCUGCAUCUACAGAGCACGCUCAGUAGACUGGCUGCCCGGGCCUUCCUCAUCAGCUUUACACACCACCUCCACCUUCCCAUCAGCCACCAGGAGCAGAGGCAGGAAGUAGAGGACAGGAAGCGGGGCUUCCUGAGGGAUCAGCUCAGGCUCGGGGAAGACGACUGUUCCAUCCUGAUGUACCUCAGUCGGCUGAUCACGCUGCAGUACCUGGACGGCACCACAGGGGGAGCUGUUACGACACAACCCUACCCGGAGACAGACAGCACGCCCGUAACCACACAGCGGGACCUGGAACCUAACGACAUACUAGACCCUGCCACAGGGGGCGCUAUAACCCAACAAGACCCUGAGUCUAGUACUGGAGGCAGAGUGAAUACAGAGCAGUACCUAGACUCUACCACAGGGGGCGCUAUAACCCAACAAGACCCUGAGUCUAGUACUGGAGUGAAUACAGAGCAGUACCUAGACCCUACCACUGGGGGCGCUAUAAUCCCAGAGCAGGGCAUAGACCCUACCAUCCUUCAGUCUGCUACUAGGGGCAGAGCGCCACCCAGCUUCACCUUUAACUACACUACCAGUCUCCUAUACAAGAUCUGAUCUGAAACUCUGACUGGAAGUGGAAUCUCCUAGCCUGAGCCCUCGCGUCUCUCUCUACUCACCUCCUCAAAACAACAUGGGAGGAGAAGAUCUGCGGAGAUUCACUCUAGGUUGGAGAUGGAUGGCUGUCUGUCUCCUCCUUAGGUAUCAGGAAGAGACUGGGGGUUAGGAGAUUCACUCUAGGUUGGAGAUGGAUGGCUGUCUGUCUCCUCCUCCUUAGGUAUCAGGAAGAGACUGGGGGUUAGGAGAUUCACUCUAGGUUGGAGAUGGAUGGCUGUCUGUCUCCUCCUCCUUAGGUAUCAGGAAGAGACUGAGGGUUAGGAGAUUCACUCUAGGUUGGAGAUGGAUGGCUGUCUGUCUCCUCCUCCUUAGGGAUCAGGAAGAGACUGGGGGGUUAGGAGAUUCACUCUAGGUUGGAGAUGGAUGGCUGUCUGUCUCCUCCUCCUUAGGUAUCAGGAAGAGACUGAGGGUUAGGAGAUUCACUCUAGGUUGGAGAUGGAUGGCUGUCUGUCUCCUCCUCCUUAGGUAUCAGGAAGAGACUGGGGGUUAGGAGAUUCACUCUAGGUUGGAGAUGGAUGGCUGUCUGUCUCCUCCUUAGGUAUCAGGAAGAGACUGAGGGUUAGGAGAUUCACUCUAGGUUGGAGAUGGAUGGCUGUCUGUCUCCUCCUCCUUAGGUAUCAGGAAGAGACUGGGGGUUAGGAGAUUCACUCUAGGUUGGAGAUGGAUGGCUGUCUGUCUCCUCCUCCUUAGGUAUCAGGAAGAGACUGAGGGUUAGGAGAUUCACUCUAGGUUGGAGAUGGAUGGCUGUCUGUCUCCUCCUUAGGUAUCAGGAAGAGACUGAGGGUUAGGAGAUUCACUCUAGGUUGGAGAUGGAUGGCUGUCUGUCUCCUCCUUAGGUAUCAGGAAGAGACUGAGGGUUAGGAGAUCCACUCUAGGUUGGAGAUGGAUGGCUGUCUUUCUGUCUCCUCCUUAGGUAUCAGGAAGAGACUGAGGGUUAGGAGAUUCACUCUAGGUUGGAGAUGGCUGUCUGUCUCCUCCUCCUUAGGGAUCAGGAAGAGACUGGGGGUUAGGAGAUUCACUCUAGGUUGGAGAUGGAUGGCUGUCUGUCUCCUCCUUAGGUAUCAGGAAGAAUGUAACGUAACAGUGUUCCGUGUCAGUGAUGUCCCAAUCAUGCUCUCGACCCGUCCUCCUCCUGACGAAUGUCCUAUCCGGGUAAAACCUGGACACUGAUGUUGAUUGAGUGACAGUCACUAAGAGCCGUCCUUCUGAUCUGAGCGAGAAGUGUGUGUGUGUGUGUGUGUGUGUGAGAGAGAUGUUAAUGAUGCAUGUGCUGUGUGUGUUGGUGUCGGUCUGUCUUGCGUGACGUUGCCAUGUUGUCCCCCAGAACCACUACAGCGCUAGGAACAUUGAUGCUGUGAAAGGACCGGAUUGGUGCCCGUUUCAACACAUCUGAUAUUCGUCAAAUCAGUCAUGAUUAAUGGAGUGUAACAGGACCACAAUGUGCUUACUUAAGUCCGAUUUGGGAUAUAUAUUUGGCUGUUUUCCCGCUGCAUAACAUGUAGAAGUUUUCCCUUUUUCAAGUUUUAGAAGAAGUGACUUCUAAAUGCUAACUCCCGUUCGUAUAAGCUGGUUAGCAUAGCUAGCAUACAGAAAUCGUUGAUGGUAGUCCAGUCGUUUUUUUAACUGUAAUGCAGUUGAUUGGCGACGAUGACAUGAACAUGAGUUGGUGUUGACGUCCAUACAAGCGUUAUACUCUUGAUUUCUACCUCAAACAUAGUGUGAAAUACACCGAGGACCCGAGUUUGGGAAAACGCUGUUUUAAUGGAUUACGUGAAUGGUGACCACAGCCCUUCCGAAAAAUACAUUUUAAAAUAGUUUUCUUAUGCGAUUUUUUUAAUUUAAAAAAAUCCCCCCCACCCUGCUCCGUGUAUUCAAUGUAUUGCAGUUGGCUAAUGGGGAUACUAAUAAAUCUAAUCAAAAUUCCAUUUCAAAUUUGGUUCCCGGUGUGGCUAGUUCCUUCCCUGUAUGUUCCUAACUAAAGUGCUAACGGGCGGCGCCAACCACUUUCUCCAUAGUAACCAUCCAGCGUCUUCCUGGACACUUUUUUUUUUUUUUUACGACUAAAUGUGAAAUAUUGAAAACUGUUGUCUGAAGGUUGUCAUAGUAAUGUUGUGGGAGUGUUGUGAUGUCAGCAUGAGGGUGUAACACGGCUUUUUUUUUUCCUUGCCAUGACGACCAUCGUUUUUUAAAACUGAGAUAUUGACCAACUGUUUGUUGUUGUUGUUGUUGACGUGUCGUUGCUAGGACGACUGUAACUCCAGUGCCAUAGAGGGGAAGUAAUCAUCGAUCUAUGACCUGUUACCUGACCGUUACCGGAUCCACCACAUCUCUGGAAUUAGACAUUCUGAGGUCUGACAUCGGGCUCCCGAGUGGCGCAGUGGUCUAAGGCACUGCAUCUCAGUGCUUGAGGCGUCA